CAUGUCUUCAAUCAGCGAACCUACUCCCAUGACAAUCCCCAUCGUGGAUUUCAAAGCAUGGUUCAACACUGAAGAUGAAGCCGCCCGCCGACGGGUUGCACAAGAGCUCAUGGAAGCAUGUCAGCGAGUCGGCUUCGUUUACAUCAUCAAUUACUCUCUGCCUGAGCAUGUCCUCGACUCGACCUUCGACUGGAUGAGACGCUUGUUCGAGCUCCCGAAGGACAUUAAGAUGCAAGCACCUCAUCCUGAGGGGUGGGCAGUACAUCGAGGAUAUUCCUGGCCGGGAUUGGAGAAAGUUUCCCAAACCAUCAGCACUGGGGACGAUGAAGAGACACGGCAGAGGCUGAGAGAAGUGCCAGAUGUCAAGGAAAUUUACGAUAUUGGAAGUGAAGAGAACACUGCUCAACCAAACCAGUGGAUUAUCGAAGAGGCACUGGCGGGCUUCCGCAGCUUUAUGAAUCGGUUCUACUGGGAUUGUAACGGGGUGGGCAUCGAGAUUCUCCGCGCUCUUGCCCUUGGCUUGAACCUGGACAAUGAGAAUCAUUUGGCCCAAAAGCACUCAGGCCAUAACAAUCAGUUGCGACUCCUACACUAUCUACCGGUUCCAGCAGAUGAUCUUGAAACAGAUCGGGUAGCUCGAUGCCCUGCACACACCGACUGGAGCUCAAUCACAAUGCUUUUCCAGGAUGGUUGUGGUGGCUUAGAGGUGGAAGACAUCUCUCAGCCGGGCAAAUUUGUCCCCGCUGCUCCUGUCAAGAAUGCAAUCGUCAUGAAUGUUGGAGAUCUCUUGCAGCGAUGGAGUAAUGACCGUCUUCGGUCUACCAAUCACCGGGUCAGACUCCCGCAGUUAUCCAAUCGCUUUGAGGGCAGUAAUCGUAUGACGCGCGAACGCUUUUCCAUUCCGUACUUCAUGGCUCCAGACCCUGAUUCGGUCAUCGAGUGCAUUCCAUCGUGCAUGAGUGAGGAUGAACCGGCCAAGUACGAGCCGAUCACUCAAGCAGGCUACAAUCAGAUGCGAGCAUCGAUGAUGUACUAGGUUCGAUUCAAUUUAGAACAACAUUGAGCGCAAAUCUUCAACCAAGGUCAUUUCCCAGGAGUAGAAGAUACCGAACUACUCCAAGCUAUUAGCCCUGAACCCUACCUCGGGUCCUU